AUGACAUCGUCUUCUUCAACUUAUCUUUUACCAGAACCAUCAACAUCAUUAAUAGGUUCAAAAUCAAUUCUUAUUAGACAAACUUCACCAACAAUACUUCAUUCUGUUCAACAUCCACUUCAUCGAACUUCUCUAUCAUCACAUACUCAUCAACCAAUUAUGAAAUCAAUGCCUACUAAUGAUACAUUCCAUUCAUUAACAACAAUUACGAAUAUCAAUAAUGGAAAUUCAUUAUUAACAACAAAUAAUAACAACACAUCAUCAGUAGUAACAAUGCAUAAUAAUGAUGAUAUCAAUAGUAGUUUAAAUGGGCAUAGUCGUUCACAAAGUAUGGAAUCAAUAAAUAAUAUUGGCUUACAAGAUGAUGAGGUUCGAACAUUAUUUGUAUCUGGUUUACCAAUGGAUGCUAAACCACGAGAACUUUAUCUUCUAUUUCGAGGAUUUAAAGGUUAUGAAGGAAGCCUACUUAAAGUAACAAAUAAAAAUGGUAAAAAUUUAUCACCUGUUGGAUUUGUUACAUUUGCUAAUCGUGUUGAUGCUGAAACGGCUAAACAAGAACUUACAGGAGUACGAUUUGAUCCUGAUCUUCCAGCAACACUUCGACUUGAAUUUGCUAAAUCAAAUACAAAAGUACAAAAACCUAAACAUCCAACACAAAAUCAAUUAACAACUGCAACUCAACAAUUUAUUCAAAUUCCUCAAGAACUUGGUGCCGCUUUUUUUCCAACUGACACAUGGGGUCAACCAUUAGCUUUUGAUUUAAGUUCAGCUGGUCUUCAUCAUCCUGCAUUAUUACAUACAACUUUACAUGGACCACCAAUGGGUUUGGGUCAUCCAAUGUCAGGAACAACAGGUAUGACUCAAAUGCAACAAUCAAAUUCAGCUGUUGCUAUUGGCAAUGGACAAUUAAAUGGUGGAUGUUCAACAUUAUUUUUAACGGGAAUUCCUGAACAUGAUUUUAAAAAUAUGUCAUUUGCUUUGCCAGGCAAAGCUCUUUGA